GCGCUGGCGCUGUGCAAGUUGGGCAGCUGGAGGGGACGCGCUAAGCCGCCGGGACGGGACGGGCUGAGCCCGUGGAGUUACAGUGUGGAGCCGGGAGUGCAUGGGCGCGCUGAGCCCGGCGGGACCGGAGAGCGGAGCCGGGAGACCCGCGGAGAGCUGGACUCCAGCCGACGGGGCCCCAAGGAGCUAAUCGGGGGCGAGGCGCGGGGGGCCCCGGCUCGGAGGGACUAGCGCGUGGGGGAGAGGGGCGGAUUUCUCCGCGGGACCAGCCCGUGCAGCAGUGCCCGUCUGGGGGAGCCGUAGCAGCUGCGCGGGGGGCCCUGGAUGCGGGCGGAGUGAGCCCUGCUGCCGGGGGACUCCAGCCCCAGGGGAUGGGAGCGUGAAACCGGCUGAGAACCAGGGCAGCGGCCAGCGGGAUUUACAGCACCGGGAGGAUUAGCGGCUCGCCGGCCCCGGCGCCCCCGGGCGAGGGGGAAGAUGGCCCUGCCGGAGGGGCGCCCCAGUCUCUGCAAGUGGCUCCUGGGCGUCCUGCUUGCCAUGUGCCGGCUCGCGGCGCCGUUGGCCAAGAACCUGGAGCCGGUGUCCUGGAGCUCGGCCAACCCCAAAUUCAUGGCUGGUAAAGGGCUGGUCAUCUACCCGGAGAUCGGGGACAAACUGGACAUUAUCUGUCCCAAGGCGGAGCUUUCCAGACCUUAUGAAUACUACAAGCUGUACCUGGUGAAACGGGAGCAGGCAGAGUCCUGCAGCACUGUCAUGGAUCCCAAUGUGCUGGUGACUUGCAACCGGCCAGAGAAGGAGAUCCGCUUCACCAUCAAGUUCCAGGAGUUCAGCCCCAACUACAUGGGCCUGGAGUUCCAGAGGCAGCAGGACUACUUCAUCACAUCCACUUCCAAUGGGACUCUGGAAGGCCUGGAGAAUAGAGAAGGUGGAGUCUGCCAGACACGCUCUAUGAAGAUUGUCAUGAAAGUGGGACAGGAUCCAAAUGCUGUGAUCCCAGAGCAGCUGACAACCAGUCGGCCCAGCAAGGAAUCUGACAAUACAGUGAAAAUAGCCACACAGAGUCCACGCCACAAGGUCCCGGUGGUGGAGGAUCCUGGGAAGCCAGGCUCCGUUAACCAAGAUGGGCAGAACACCCAAGGUAGCAGUGAUGGAUUCUUCAGCUCUAAGGUGGCAGUAUUUGCUGCAAUUGGUGCUGGCUGUGUCAUCUUCAUCCUCAUCAUCAUCUUCCUUGUUGUCCUCCUGAUCAAGAUCCGCAAGCGGCACCGGAAGCACACCCAGCAGCGGGCAGCAGCCUUGUCACUUAGCACCUUGGCCAGUCCCAAGUGCAGCGGUAAUGCAGGUUCAGAACCCAGCGAUAUCAUCAUCCCCUUACGGACUACAGAAAAUAACUACUGCCCUCACUAUGAGAAGGUGAGCGGGGACUAUGGGCACCCCGUCUACAUUGUCCAGGAGAUGCCCCCUCAGAGCCCGGCCAACAUCUACUACAAGGUCUGAGGAGCAGCCUCGGCAACCUACCAAUGCAAGAGCACUAGAGAGCUGAGGGCCCUGGGGGCAGCCGCUGGCUCUCCCCACUAGUGUGCUCGCUCUGUGAGGGAGGAAGUGAAAUGAACCCCAUGGCAAGACCAGGGGAGCGCAAGGGUCUCGCACCAGAUAGUGGAUCACUCGCUCGCACGCUCUCGCUCUGUUUUCCCCUUUGUAUUUAGUUUUGUAGUUCUCAGCUUUUGUAAUCCCAAGACUCGAGGGUGGGCCUUCAGCAUCCUCCUCCUGCUUCAGACUGCAUCCUGGCUCUCAACGCAUCUAGCCGUGAUAUGGCCCUAGCUGCGUGCAGCAGCCAUUGUGUGUGGGCGCUGUGCCUUUCCUCACUCUGAUGCCCCUGGCGAUACUACAAAACUCUGCCCCCUCUUGUUUUGGAGAUGUCCAUUUCAGCUUUUCCAUCUAUAUUAUGUUAAGUAUUCUUGUGUUUGGGGCUGUGCCGGUUGUUGCUUUGGUCCAGGAUUGUCCUAGGAGUCGGAUUAACUUGUGGGCCCUAGAGAAGAACCUCCACUCACCUGAGGAAUGAGCAGCUUGCGGCAGCACUUUGCGUAGGCGUGCCAAGGACGUAGACCCUGUGCAGGGAGGAGGCUGACAAACCCAACCUACUAUUAUUAUUAUUAUAAUUAUUUUUUAACUUUUGUAACGUUUUUAUUUUUGUGAAAUAUUGGUGGGACUCUGAGCCACCACCUGCAGCCUUCUGGCAUGCUUUUCUCCCUCUGCCAUGCCAAUCCCCUGGCCAUGCUCUGCCAGAACACGAACUCUCACCUUCUGCUGUCCUUGCCAUUUUAAACUUUUGUGUUCGGUGUGUAGCAGUCGACUCUUGUUUAUCUGCUUAAAUGGGGCGGGAAGAAGAGGAAAAAUAUAACUCAAAUGGUCAGUGCAUGAGAGAAUCCAGGGCUCUACCCCAUGUCACUCAGAGCCAGGAGCCUCCUCCCCUUCCACAAGACAGUAACCUUUGUGGGAACUCCUCCAAAGGUGUGUCUUCCUCAUAGCAUGGCCCUCGCCCGAUCUCAUUUCCUAGGACAGAGGCUGAGCUAGUUUCUCCAACAUCAGGGAGAGGGCAGUAGGACAGCGUUCACUGAUCGCCUCAGUCAGGCUGGAUCUGGGACUGGGCUGAGAGAAAAGGGUGGGAGCCUUCAGUAACUUAGUCACAGGGUUCAUUCUUGGCUCUGUCGUUUCAGCAGAUCCUGAAGCUGGUUUGCUCUUUGGGUUCAGGCUACAGUGCUUCCAUUUGGACAGGAAACGAAGUGAGUCAUGCCUGCUCUGAAGCCCGUACUUGACACAUUCUCAGGAGGCUAGAGCAAGUGUGAAGAGAGCAGGAGAAGGUGGCUAGGAGGAAGAGAAAGCAAACUGCAUCGAUAUUGGGAGUGGGCAGAUAUUCAGUGGCCACAGCAGUUAGGCUGUUCUGGCCUUGGCUGAGCUGGGGAGGUUGGUAUUCUGAGUAAGCUCAUAGGCCAUCUAGGCCCCCAUGUACCCCAGCAGCCUCACCCCUUCCACAGAAAGCAGCUGGGCCUCUUCUCCCGCUGACCCUCUUGUUUCUAGAACUCUUACACAUUUCCCUAGUGACUGCCAGGCAUGAGGCUUGUUUUAACCAUUGUACCGUCACCCUGGCUGGUCGCGCUCUUUGUGCAGGCCCUUCGGGAGGUGAAGGCAGAGACUUGCUGAGUUUCUUGCUGUGGCACAUCCUACACCAAGCCUCAUGGCUGAAUUGGCUCAUUUCCUUUCCCUUCCGUUUCUGAAAAGCAAGGAUUUGGCUUAUCCAAGCUGGGUCCUUUCCUUUUGUGUUCUGGGAGCUGGCUUUUUCCCACCUAUUGCUGAGUCACUCCCAGAUACGUUUUUGGUAGGAGGGGUAGCCUAACCCUGAAAGAGUAGCCCUUAAUCAUCACUACUGAGGCCUCUACCUAUUAGCAUUAGGAGCUGCUAUCUGUUCCAUGCUACCACUGCAGGAAUCUUGUGCAGAAGGGGGAAAAACAAAUCUUGUGAUUGGCUGGCCUCUAAGAGCAAAGCCAUUCAUUCAACACUAGAAGCGGGGCUUAGCUCCUCGAUGGCUUCAGCAAAUGCUAUUGAUUGCUGUUGUCAUGGCAUGAGCACCAGUCAAAGACCCUGCACCAUCCUCCUGAUUUACCAGGUAACAGAUCACCCUAUCUGCCUCCCUCCCGUGUAUGCAUGUGUCCCAUCUCGCAGGGCGGGAAUGGCUGUGUCCUACAGUACAGAGGGAACCCUUCACAGGAAUACUGCAGUUCCUUGCAGUUAUGGCCCCAGAGCUAGUAGUAACAUGACUGAGUGGCAGUGUCUGAGGCCAUGACUGGGAUCUUGGAGCAUCUUUGAGAAGGUCCUGCCAUGCUGACCUUGUUGUGUCCCAGGGGUAGGUGGCUACAUUCCCAGUCUGUCCUUUGGGGGGAUUUCCCAACAUCUCAUAAAAAUGUAGGGUUGAAAGGGAUCUCGAGAGGGCAAGUGUAGCCCCCUUUGCUGAAGCAAGACCAAAUAAACCUAGACCGUCCCUCACAGGUGUUCAGAGACUAUUAGGAACACAUUAGACAAUGAUGGGGAUUCCGCAACGACCCAUGGGAGCCUAUUCCAGAGUUUAAUUACCCUUAUCGUUAAGAAGUUUUUCCUAACAUUUAACCUGAAUCUCCCUAGUGCAGUUUAAGCCCAUUACUGCUUGUCCUACUUCAGUGGGCAUGGAGAACAAUUGUAACAGCCUUUCACAUAUCUGAAGACUGUUGUCAGGUCCUCCUCACCCCAGCCGUCUUUUCUCAAGACUAAACAAGCCCAGUUUUUUUUUUAACCUUUCCUCAUAGGUCAGGUCUCCUAACCCUUUUCUCAUUUUUGUUGCUGUGCUCUGGACUCUCACAUCUUUCUUAAAGUGUGGUGCCCAGAAUUGGACACCGUUCUCCAGCUGAGGCCUAAAAGAAUAAUUGUCUUAAGUGAGUGUGAUGUGAUAAUGAGGUGAGAGCCAGUGCUUCUGUGAUCUUGUGUGGCUGCCUUGGCGUCUGUCCCUGGGAUGGGGGUUUUCUGACCCUUCUGAUGCUGCCUCCACCUCAUGCAUGAGAAUGGGUGGGGAGUGAGAGAGUUGCUUGCUUGUUGCUUGCCUUUUCCUUUGGGAAGUGGCUGCUUUGGAGGAAGUAGAGUGUGAGGGGUAGAACUUGUGGUGGGAAGCCAUUCCCUUAACUUGUCCUUGAACCAAAUAGUGAAGGUAUUUCCAAGAGACAGAAAGUCCCUUCUCCCUUCUGUCCUCUCUGUGAGAUUCAGGUAUGGAGCAGGGGAAGAGUCAUCACUCCCCCCAUGCAGGGCCUGCUCUGCUAGGCACGGUACUUAGGAGUCAUUCAGUCCACUGGACUCACCCUGAGGCUGCCCCCAAGAGCAUGUGGGCUGCUGCCAUCUGCCUUUCCCAGCCCCAUUUCUGGGCGGGGAUUAGCCAUCUUAUUAGUUUUCUGGAUCCCAUUUGUAAAUCCAUGAAAGGAAUUGGCUAGAGCACAGUGUCUUAAACUGUUUUAUCUUUGGAGCUGCAACUGUUGCAUGGUGGAGACCUGCACUAUGGGAACCAGAGGCCGUCAAGACAUGGCAGGGGCCCACAGCACCCAUGUCAGCCUCCAAGCUGGGUUCUGCUUUAGGUGCUUGGCUAAUGCCCUAGCGCUCCCUCUGUUUUCCCUGCAUGUUUCUUUCGUGUGAAUUCAACCGUUCAUGUUUACCGGUGGCCCCAGAAUUGGCUGUUUGGAAGUGCACAGCCGGAGAGAACCACCGUGCUAUGCGGCUGGGGGCGAUGAGCGCGUGGCUGCAGGCAGCAAGGGGAGAUGUGGCCCAACUCCGGGUACAGCUCAGUAGGCAGGGAGAGGGAACACAAGGUACAGCAUACAUUGGGGGACUCCGCUGUCCUGAUCUCAUUACAGGGAGUCUCUCCUGAAUCCUGGCCUUGUGCCUUCUCCCUCUAACCCAGGGCACUUAUUUCCAUAAGGCAUCUGUAAAACCAGGAGGGAUCUGGGGCCCACGGAGUUCCAGAGGGGAAAGCAAGCACUGUGCUCUGGAAAUGGCCUCCUGGGGGCUGCAUCAAAGAGCAAUUGUUUAGUUUUUUAGAAAUGGAAAAAUGAGAGCUCGGGGUCGAGCAGAGCAGCAUUCUCUCUCUCUCUCCCUCCAAUCCCAGACAGGGCAACAAGCAGGAUGCCCCCCACCCUCCACUUCUCAGCACAGUGCAAGGCAAUAAACCGCUAGAGUCAUGGCUGCCUUCACAGUGCGGGGAGAAGAGCCUUAGAAUCACAGGGAACUUAACCUGAUCCCAUUGUCCUCCCGGUGGGCUCUGGGCUGAGACACAGCAGAAGGGGCACUGGUCAGCCGCCAGCCUCUGAGAGAUGGCAGGAUGGAAAGAGGUUUCAUUUUGCAUCUUUCAGUUUUGCUCCCUUCCCAAAUGCACCUUUUCUUCCCCGCUGUGGGGUCUGUGCAGGAUGCCGUGCUGUGCCGCAUAGCUGCCAGGCUGGGCAGUGUUUUGCCAAGGUGUUUCUAAAGGGCUUAGACAAGAGUGCACUUUGAGGCUUGCUCGGCUGAGGUCGUCGGCCAAGGUCCAGGUUUUUCAGGACUCCACGGAGGAUUGACUGAGUCUGUUGUGUAAAAUUGCGAAAAGAUUCUAACCUUAAAGAAAUCCCCCCCACCCCCAAAAAAUCAGCAUCCUGUUUCCAGGUGCAACUAAAACAAUCGAGAUUCCUAACGCUGGAGAAGCAGCCCAGCCUGUGUGCAUUGUUAAAGAACCGUUUGUUUACGAGGAGUUUCACCUCCCAGCCUGGAAAGGCGUGAUUGGCAGUGGUUUGAGAUUUCAAUGGUCAAGCUGGGGGCAUGCUUGAUGGGAAGGGCUAGGAGACGCAAGGGGCCUAGCCAGCUGUUUAUACCAAAAGUAGAUAAAUACAAUUAUUCCAACGUUUAUUGUUAGCUCUCCAAUGUGAUUACUGCCCCCUGAAUGCAGCGACUGUCUGCUCACCCCUCCCCCGCUUUUCUGGGCUUUUUAAAUCUUAGUAAUCUACUGCUAAAGAAAGGUCAAAACCACCCAUCAUCAACAGAAUGUGGGUUGCUUGUUCAUAACCCCCAUAAACGUAACUAACUCUUCUAGCUGUGGGCAGCUGAAAAAACUUGUAACCAUGUCCAGGGGUGAAAUCUGAACUGUAAUCUUGCUACACCUCAGUCUGCUGGGUCCUAAAACUGAGUGUCCCUUUUGUUCUUUUCACUGAAAGAAUUGAAGGUGUUUCGUUUUUGUUUUGUUUGUGUGUAAAUACUAGUCUUUUUUGGAAGAAAUAAUGUAAAGAUGUUUUGUAUAAACUCUGAA